GUUACGCAUGCGCCCUGGUCACCCCGCGGUUUGUCUGCGCCUCUGCUGCCCUCUGCGCAGGCGCUCAAGGAGCUCUUGGACUCCAGGUUCCCGCGGCUGGGAGAAAAGGAGGCGGGGAUCCUAAGGGGGAAAUGACUGUGAGGCGCCCGGACGUCGCUCGGAAGCCAAUCAGAGAGCGUGACGUCAGUUUGGCGCGGAGUUUGGCGGCCGGGGCUUACAGUGGCGGGAGUUGGAGGCGAUAACGAUUUGUGUUGUGAGAGGCGCAAGCUGCGAUUUCUGCUGAACUUGGAGGCAUUUCUACGACUUUUCUCUCAGCUGAGCCUUUUCCUCCGGCCCUGAUGCUCUUCAAUUCGGUGCUCCGCCAGCCCCAGCUUGGCGUCCUGAGAAAUGCUCCCAAUAUGGAACAUGUACUAGCAGUUGCCAAUGAAGAAGGCUUUGUUCGAUUGUAUAACACAGAAUCACAAAGUUUCAGAAAGAAGUGCUUCAAAGAAUGGAUGGCUCACUGGAAUGCCGUCUUUGACCUGGCCUGGGUUCCUGGUGAACUUAAACUUGUUACAGCAGCAGGUGAUCAAACAGCCAAAUUUUGGGACGUAAAAGCUGGUGAGCUGAUUGGAACAUGCAAAGGUCAUCAAUGCAGCCUCAAGUCAGUUGCCUUUUCUAAGUUUGAGAAAGCUGUAUUCUGUACAGGUGGAAGAGAUGGCAACAUUAUGGUCUGGGAUACCAGGUGCAACAAAAAAGAUGGGUUUUAUAGGCAAGUGAAUCAAAUCAGUGGAGCUCACAAUACCUCAGACAAGCAAACCCCUUCAAAACCCAAGAAGAAACAGAAUUCAAAAGGACUUGCUCCUUCUGUGGAUUUCCAGCAAAGUGUUACUGUGGUCCUCUUUCAAGACGAGAAUACCUUAGUCUCAGCAGGAGCUGUGGAUGGGAUAAUCAAAGUAUGGGAUUUACGUAAGAAUUAUACUGCUUAUCGACAAGAACCCAUAGCAUCCAAGUCUUUCCUGUACCCAGGUAGCAGCACUCGAAAACUUGGAUAUUCAAGUCUGAUUUUGGAUUCCACUGGCUCUACUUUAUUUGCUAAUUGCACAGAUGAUAACAUCUACAUGUUUAAUAUGACUGGGUUGAAGACUUCUCCAGUGGCUACUUUCAAUGGACACCAGAACUCUACCUUUUAUGUAAAAUCCAGCCUUAGUCCAGAUGACCAGUUUUUAGUCAGUGGCUCAAGUGAUGAAGCUGCCUACAUAUGGAAGGUCUCCACACCCUGGCAACCUCCUACUGUGCUCCUGGGUCAUUCUCAAGAGGUCACGUCUGUGUGCUGGUGUCCGUCUGACUUCACAAAGAUUGCUACCUGUUCUGAUGACAAUACACUAAAAAUCUGGCGCUUGAAUAGAGGUUUAGAGGAGAAACCAGGAGGUGAUAAACUUUCCACGGUGGGUUGGGCCUCUCAGAAGAAAAAAGAGUCAAGACCUGGCCUAGUAACAGUAACGAGUAGCCAGAGUACUCCUGCCAAAGCCCCCAGGGUAAGGUGCAAUCCAUCCAAUUCUUCCCCGUCAUCCGCAGCUUGUGCCCCAAGCUGUGCUGGAGACCUCCCUCUUCCUUCAAAUACUCCUACGUUCUCUAUUAAAACCUCUCCUGCCAAGGCCCGGUCCCCCGUCAACAGAAGAGGCUCUGUCUCCUCCAUCUCUCCCAAGCCACCUUCAUCUUUCAAGAUGUCGAUUAGAAACUGGGUGACCCGAACACCUUCCUCAUCACCACCCAUCACUCCACCUGCUUCAGAGACCAAGAUCAUGUCUCCAAGAAAAGCCCUUAUUCCUGUGAGCCAGAAGUCAUCCCAAGCAGAGGCUUGCUCUGAGUCUAGAAAUAGAGUAAAGAGGAGGCUAGACUCAAGCUGUCUGGAGAGUGUGAAACAAAAGUGUGUGAAGAGUUGUAACUGUGUGACUGAGCUCGAUGGCCAAGUUGAAAAUCUUCAUUUGGAUCUGUGCUGCCUUGCUGGUAACCAGGAAGACCUUAGUAAGGACUCUCUAGGUCCUACUAAAUCAAGCAAAAUUGAAGGAGCUGGUACAAGUAUCUCAGAGCCUCCGUCUCCUGUCAGUCCGUAUGCUUCAGAAAGCUGUGGAACGCUACCUCUUCCUUUGAGACCUUGUGGAGAAGGGUCUGAAAUGGUAGGCAAAGAAAAUAGUUCCCCAGAGAAUAAAAACUGGUUGUUGGCCAUGGCAGCCAAACGGAAGGCUGAGAAUCCAUCUCCACGAAGUCCAUCGUCCCAGACACCCAAUUCCAGGAGACAGAGCGGAAAGACAUCGCCAAGCCCGGUCACCAUCACUCCCAGCUCCAUGAGGAAAAUCUGCACAUACUUCCAUAGAAAGUCCCAGGAGGACUUCUGUGGUCCUGAACACUCAACAGAAUUAUAGAUUCUAAUCUGAGUGAGUUACUGAGCUUUGGUCCACUAAAACAAGCUGAGCUUUGGUCCACUAAAACAAGAUGAAAAAUACUAGAGUGACUCUAUAACUCUGGUCUUUAAGAAAGCUGCCUUUUCAUUUUUAGACAAAAUCUUUUCAAUGCUGAAAUGUACCUAAUCUGGUUCUACUACCAUAAUGUAUAUGCAGCUUCCCGAGGAUGAAUGCUGUGUUUAAAUUUCAUAAAGUAAAUUUGUCACUCUAGCAUUUUGAAUGAAUAGUCUUCACUUUUUAAAUUAUUCAUCUUCUCUACAAUAAUGACAUCCCAGUUCAUGGAGGCAAAAAAGUUUCUUGUUAUCCUGAAACUUAACAUGCUUAGUGGAAAGUAUCUGCCAGCCGCAGCAUGAGGCCUGUGAAGGCUGACUGAGAAAUCCUGUGCUGAAGACCCCUGGUUCUGUUCUGCCUCCAACGUGUAAAAUUUUAUUUGAAAUACAUAAUCUUUUCACUAUGCUUUUGUGGGUUUUUUUUUAAGUAUGUGUAAAAAUGUGAUGUUCAGAUAAGUACAUUUAUAUCAGUUCAGUGUUAAAAUGCAGUCUCUUGAGUUAAAGUCAUCUUUAUUUUAAAUGCAGUGAUAAAUGUCAACUCUUUGGAGAAACUAGGAGAACAACAACAGAAAGCUGUGUUUGUCUUUUUUCUCUCAAAUAUAUCUCCCGUAUGAGAUUUCAGGUCCCCAUGUUUUCACCAAGCAAUCUGCUAUGUCAGCCAACCCAACAUCUACAGGUUAUGAUUUUUGCCGUUUACUAGAGGAAGAUGUUUUAUAAAAUCAAUUUGGGGUUUGAAUUCAGGUGCAGUCAUCAGUUCUUUAGGGGCUGCAAUGUUUUAAAAAAAAAUAAGUCAUCAGAUUUUAAGAAAAAAGUGAUGAUUUCUUAUUGAUAUUUUUGUAUAGCUCUUAACUGAAAAUCCAGAACCAGAAACAUAAAUCUUGAGUUUCUUUUCAUGUACAUAAAAAGCAAUAGCCUUUUAGUAUAGAUAGCCCUGAGCCAAAAAGUAAUAGAAUUUUCUCUAGAUAUUUAAUACAGAGAGUGUAUAGACUGACUCUAAGUUAAUAAUGUGCAAAAUAUCUUAAACAUCCCUCCCCUUAAUCAACAAUUAUGUAUCAGUGAUCUUGAACCAUUGUUUUAUAUUUUUCACCUUUGUACCCUCAUGGAAAGAGGCUUUACAUACUUUCUAUGCUCUAUGUACUAUGUACUUAGAAGGGAGCCUCCUUCCAAUCAUGAAACUUCAUUUGUUUUAUCCAUAUCCCUGAGGACUGUGUAGACUUUAUGUCAGUUUUUGUCAUUAUUUGAAAAUCUAUUCUGACAACUUUUCAAUCCCUUUGAUCUAUAAGUUAAAGCUGUAACAACUGAAAUUGCAUAGAUCAAGUAAGCAUAGUUUUAUCCAGGGAGAAAAAUAAAAGGAAGCCAUAGAAUUGCUCUGGUCAAAACCAAGCACACCAUAGCCUUAACUGAAUAUUUAGGAAAUCUGCUUAAUCUGCUUAUAUUUGGUGUUUGUUUUUUGACUGUUGGGCUUUGGGAAGAUGUUAUUUAUGACCAAUAUCUGCCAGUAAUGCUGUUUAUCUCACUUGCUUUGAAAGCCAAUGGGGGAAAAAAAUCCAUGAAAAAGAAAAAGAUUGAUAAAGUAGAUGAUUUUGUUUGUAUCCCUACACAUCUCCUGGCAGCACUACUGAGUGAAAUUGGGAUACAUUUGGCUGUCAGAAAUUAUACCGAGAGUCUACUGAGUAUAACAUGUCUCACUUGGAAAGCUAGUACUUUUAAAUGGGUGCCAAAGGUCAACUGUAAUGAGAUAAUUAUCCCUGCCUGUGUCCGUGUCAGACUUUGAGCUGAUCCUGAAUAAUAAAGCCUUUUACCUUAUCUGAUGUCCUUUUCUGAGCUUUCUGCAUUACCUAGAAGCAGUCUACACAAAAGAACUAUAGUAGUCACGAAUUCCUUCUACUUGUUCAUUAAAUAAAAUGUUUAUUCCCAAAGUUAUAAUCUAUUUCAAGCUGAAAGAGCUUUUAAUAAAAAACAUCUUGCUUG